AUGGUUGAAUUCGGUAUUAAUGUUGACCUAUCAGAACUCCUCAAGGAUACUGGUAAGGAUUUUACAGGAUCUGGCUGCAACAUUGAAGGUGGUGGAAUGUUUUAUGGUGGAGUUGAAAAUGGAAUAGUUUAUUCUUGUUGUUUUCAUCCCACAAAAGAGCAUUCUGCCACUGUUAUUCCUGGUCUAUUGGCGGAACCUUAUCCAAGGACAAAAACAUGGGUACCUGCUGGCCAAUGGGCAGUAUCCUAUACAAAAGCAGGUAAUUUUGGAAACAAAGCCAAAUAUGAUGUAAAAGAUUAA